AUGGUCUCACUGACAGUCACUGAAGUGGAUGUUUUACUGUCAGAUCCACCAGAGCCAAAGACCAGAGCUGGAUUCUUAAAAUAUUCAUGUGAAAUCACACUGGAUCCAAACACAGCACACAAACAGCUGUUAUUAUCAGAGGGGAACAGAAAAGUAACAUUAACGGAACAACAGUCUUAUUCUGAUCAUCCAGACAGAUUCACUGGAUGGUUUCAGGUCCUGAGUAGAGAGAGUCUGACUGGACGUUGUUACUGGGAGGUGGAGUGGAGAGGGGGAGGAGUUGAUGUAGCAGUCGCAUACAAGAAUAUCAGCAGAGCAGGGAGUGUGAAUGAAUGUAGAUUUGGACUUAAUGACAAAUCUUGGUCGUUAGAUUGUAACAACAACAGUUAUACAUUUUUGUACAACAACGUCCAAACUCGUGUCUCAGGUCCUCGUUCCUCCAGAGUAGGAGUGUACCUGGAUCACAGAGCAGGUAUUUUGUCCUUCUACAGCGUCUCUGAAACCAUGACUCUCCUCCACAGAGUCCAGACCACAUUCACUCAGCCGCUCUAUGCUGGACUGAGGCUUUACUACGAUUAUGAUGAUGAUUGUGGAGCCACAGCUGAGUUGAUUAAAGUGAAAUAGACUGAAGUCUUUCAUAUUGUGGGUUUAAAUCUGUGUUUUAGUUUCAUUUUAUUUUCUCUCCAUCAUUUCUGCACAGAGAUCAGCUGUCAGUCAAACAUUAUGGGUGGUACCUCCACAUCUUCUAGUUGUUCUCUUGAUGUUUCUGAGUUUUUAAAGGAGAUCUUUCCUGUGACUGUUUAUGGAGGCUAUCACUGCUCAUCAUCAUUUUCAUUUACUAAAAUAUUUCUCCACAUGAAAAUGUAAACUUCUCUAUCCUGUAAAUGUUUCUGGAAUAUUUGUAUUGAAAAAUGUCGACAUUUCUCUUUAUGAGUAUGGCAGACCAUGUGUGUGUGUUUGUGUUUGUUUUUGUCAAAAUCAUCAAACAAAUGAGGAAAAACUGUGAUUUUAAUGAAUGAAUUCAUAUAUUGUGUUGAUGUUUUAUUGUGUGAAUAAACUGGAAGGUUUGACUAUAAAUCAAACUUUGAACAAAGU